UGGCUCUAGAUUAGCAUCCAUUUCCCCUUCAUGUUGGCCCGCUCCACUAUCCUCCUCCUUACUCUUGGCCUCGCUAUGAGUGACACCUGCCAAGAUAUAUGCGACAGUAAUCCUGCAUGCGCUCAGUCCAAGUUUGGUAGCUAUUGCAAGAGCAAUGGUGUAUGCUUUGGGCUGUACCAUCAAGGCUGUGGAUACUGCUUCCAGCCUGCUGAGCAAGAGACCUGUGAUGACUCUACACUUGAGCCUGUUGCGUGCCAGGGUUGCCAGGCAGCAUGCGAUACCCUUCCCCAGUGCAAGAACUCUGACAGAGGUAGCUACUGUAAGUCUUGGCAGACCCCCCCUGUAUGCUUCGGUAUCAUCCAGAAGUCAGAUGGGUCUCUUUGCUACCACCCAACUGACAAGGACUGCGAGGGGGCGCCCUAUCCUUGCUAAGAUGAAGUUCAAGAUGAGCUUUUGACUUUCAUUAAACUUCAUUUUUAUCCCCAGGGUAUCAUGUAUCUUCUUUGUUGAUGGAGAGGCUAAGUUACGAUGGAUACACAGGCAAGGGAGGGUUUUCAUCUAUCAACCCACCCAUUAGCCCGCUUGUGAGCAACUGCCAGUCGUCUUCCCUCGUAUAACAAUUCUCUGUUCAGAUCGUAAACUUACCAAUUGUUCAAAAAGUUCAUUUAGAUAGUCAUAUCACAAGUAACACCCUGUGUUAAUACUUCAUAUUCCACAGCGAUGUCCGAACUACAAUUUUUAUUCGUCCGAUGUAAUUUGUCUCAUACACAACAGAUAUAACUUGAGGGCUUUCAACGAUCUAGGUGAUCGUUGGAAAGAAUGCUCUUGUCAAAAAGUCUGUUACUUGGG